UGGAAGUCAAUCACUAAUCAACUUGAUAAAAAAACCAAGUAAUAUCCUCCGACAAUGUACAAGACCAUCAGUAGACUAUCCACAGAGAUCUUUAUAUUGUCUUCCUGAUUGACCUCUGCAGCAAAACGCAAUGACAUUAGGCUAAACAGAGAUGAAUGAGAACACCGCAACAUUAGCUGAUGGACAGCAAAAACCGACUGAAGAUGGCAAAAGUAAGACACCAAGACACUCGCGAUGGACCAGGCAAGAGACGCUUGUUCUCAUACAAGGGAAAAAGAUUGCAGAGGAAAGAGCUCAUAGGGGGCGUAAAUCCUCUUCUGUUUUCGGAUCAGACAAGCCGGAACCUAAAUGGGACUCGGUCUCAUCUUACUGCAGACAACAUGGAGCAGAUAGAGGACCUGUUCAAUGCAGAAAACGUUGGAGCAACAUGAUCAGUGACUUCAAGAAAAUUAAAACAUGGGAGACACAGGCAAAUGGAAGCAAUCAAUCUUAUUGGAUUAUUAGUAACGAUCUCAGGCGAGAGAAAAGGCUACCAGGUUCUUUUGACAGAGAAGUCUACAAUGUCUUGGAUGGGAAGGAAUUCACAGCAGAAGCAUACCAACUAGCUCUAGUAACCAUAACCACAGAUGAAAAACUUGACUAUGGUAUAGAAAUAGUCGAAGAAGAGGAUGAGGAAGAAGGAGAGGAAGAGAAUGACAAUGUUUCUCAUACCGGGGAAUAUACUAUGGAAGAUGAUGUUAUGCCUCCAGCAGCGGAGGAAGUUGGAAGCAACCCACUGAAGGAACACAUCGUCAAAGAUAAAAAAGUCAAGUCCACUCCCUCUCCAACGCCUAGAUCAGGUACAGCUGAAGGAGAACAGCCUGGAUCAGAUUUCUGGAAUAGCCCCAUGUUUCAGGACAAAGUGAAGAGAAGAAGACUAUCACCAGAUGGUUGUAUUGAUAGUAAUCUGGGAUAUAAACUGCUGAAAACUCUGGAGCGAAACACCAACAUGCUUCAUUCACAACUUGAUGCUCAAAUGGAAAAUCGUCAACGGGACAGGGAGCAGCAGAAGGAACACACUGAUAGCUUGAUUGCUACUCUUAAUAAGGUAGCUGAUGCAGUAUCAAGAGUUGCUGAUAAGAUGUAAUGGAUAAAGACACAUUCUAAGAUGAUGCCCAUUUAAUAGUAGGUUUUUAUUUAUUUUUGUUUUUGAUGAACUAAGAAGUAGGUUUUGAUUAUUUAUCGACUAUCAUUGUUCUUGACAGUGA